AUGCAUCAUCACCAACAUCCCGCGUACCUUUCAGGACUGCACUUUGUUUCGGACAUCUACUGUGAGUGCUGUGACACGUAUCUGGGCUGGAAGUACGAACAGGCCUUCGAACCUAGUCAGAAGUACAAGGAGGGCAAGUACAUCAUCGAGUUGGCCCACCUCAUCAAAGACAACGGCUGGAAUUGGUCCCUGCUGGAACCGCAAUUGCGCUGA